AUGACCAGCGCAUCCACCGACCUGUACCCUCAAUACUGCUUCCACCUCUCCCCCACGUUUGAUCAAUGGUGCCUGCUCACCGCGGCGACCAUUCACGCCCUCGACACGCACAACGAGUAUGAAGGGCAAGGCCUGUUCUUCCACCGCAAUCUUCCCGUAAAAUGGGUGCGCCUCGUCGGCGUGGUCGUCGCCAUCGACGAUGUCUACAACCGUCGCAUCUUCACCAUUGACGACAGCAGCGGCGCCUGCAUCGAGUGCAAUGUUGCCGUCAAAGUCAUCCCUGCCGUGCUUCCGACCUUUGGGGACAAGGAUCCGCUAGCGUAUGCGCCUCGACGACUUGAAUUUCUGCAGCCGGGUUGCGAUCAUGUUGAUGUCGGCGCCGUCGUGGACAUCAAGGGGAGCGUGGCGCUUUUUCGCGAUGAGAAGACGGUCAAGAUACAAAAGGUCAAGAUUGUAAGGUCCACAGCACAGGAGGUUGCGCUCUGGGAGAAGAGGGACAGUUUCAAGCGCGAUGUGUUGGGGGUGCCCUGGGUGGUGGGUGAGAAGCAGAUGCGACGGUGUCGACGGGAGGCCGAGGGGCGAGAGAGGAAAGAAAAGCGCGAGGAAAAGGAGAGACAGCGGCGUGAGGCGGAGAACGGUGAGCUGGUUACAGGGCUGGAGAGGGCCAGUGGUGCAAGGCUGACAAGCACGUACAUCGCCGACGAUGAGGUGCCCGAAGCUCAAGACCGGCCUCUCACCGGCCUUGAAAAAGGUUCAAGGAGAAAGACCGAGGGCCGAGGGCCUGGAGCGCUCACGGCCGACGUUGUGGCUCGCUGA